CGGCGGCGCCGGGCGGCCUUCCUGCGGCCGGGCCGGGCCGCGCCGCGCCGCGCCGGCAUGGGCGAGAGCACCAGCCCCAUCAGCGUUAUCCUGGUGAGCUCGGGCAGCCGCGGCAACAAGCUGCUCUUCCGCUUCCCGUUCCAGCGCGGCGCCGAGCACCCCGCCGCACAGGCCAAUAAACCAAGGAGUCGAUAUGCUGUAAAUAGUUCUGGUGACACCACAGAAGAUCAAGAUGGGGACUCCAGAGACCAAUGUCCUCUAACUGAUGAGCAAUUGGUUUCGGGGUUUUCAGAUGUCAUCCUGGCAACAAUUUUGGCUACCAAGUCAGAUAUGUGUGGCAAAAAGUUUGAACUGAAGAUUGAUAAUGUUCGCUUUGUUGGCCAUCCCACAUUGCUUCAGCAUGCCCUUGGGCAGGUAUCCAAAACUGAUCCCUCACCAAAGAGAGAGAUGCCCACUAUGAUUCUCUUCAACGUGGUGUUUGCACUAAGGGCCAAUGCAGAUCCAUCUGUGAUAAACUGCUUACACAACCUCUCCCGAAGAAUUGCCAUAGUCUUGCAGCACGAGGAGCGCCGCUGUCAGUACCUGACCAGGGAGGCCAAGCUGAUCUUAGCUAUUCAGGAUGAAGUGUCUGCCAUGUCAGAAACCACAGAAGGGCCACAGUCACCUUUUCAUCAUAUACUACCCAAGUGCAAACUGGCCAGAGAUCUCAAAGAGACAUAUGACAGUCUCUGUACAACAGGGGUGGUCCGUUUACACAUCAACAACUGGCUGGAAGUGAGUUUCUGCCUGCCUCAUAAAAUCCAUUAUGUUGCCACAAACUUCAUACCCCCUGAAGCAAUUGAGAGAAGCCUGAAAUCUAUCAGGCCUUACCAUGCCUUAUUACUUUUAAAUGAUGAGAAGUCAUUGCUUAAUGAGCUCCCAUUGGACUGCUCUCCUGCCCUGGUGAGAGUAAUUAAAACUACCUCUGCUGUGAAGAAUUUGCAGCAACUGGCUCAAGAUGCUGACUUAGCAUUGCUGCAGGUUUUCCAGCUUGCUGCACAUCUCGUUUACUGGGGAAAAGCAAUUAUUAUUUAUCCGCUGUGUGAAAACAAUGUCUACAUGCUUUCUCCAAACGCCAGUGUCUGUCUUUAUUCUCCAUUAGCAGAUGCGUUUUCUUGUCAGUUCCGGGGCCACAACCUGCCGUCGAUGCUUUCCAAGUUCUCCCUCCCAGUGUCACUCUCAGAGUUCAAGAAUCCGCUCGCACCGCCUGUUCAGGAGGUGUUUAAUACCUCAUUUCUUACUCUGCAGACCCAGCUCAUUCAAAUGGUGAUAUGGAUGCUCCAACACCGGCUUCUUAUUCAGCUUCACACUUAUGUCUGUCUGAUGGUGCCACCAAAUGAGGAGGAUUUCCGAACCCAAGAUGAAGACAUGCCCUUUACUGCUAGAGUUGGAGGCCGAAGUUUAAGCACCCCCAAUGCUCUCAGCUUUGGUUCUCCAACUAGUAGUGAUGACAUGACUCUGACAAGCCCUAGCAUGGAUAAUUCCAGUGCUGAGUUGAUACCUGGUGGGGACUCACCCCUAAAUAAAAGGAUGACAGAGAAUCUCCUAGCAAGCUUGUUGGAACAUGAGCGGGAAGCUAUCCUUAAUGUCCCUGCUGCCCAAAAUCCAGAAGAUCUUCGCAUGUUUGCAAGGUUGCUGCACUAUUUCCGAGGCCGACACCAUUUGGAGGAGAUCAUGUACAAUGAGAACAUGCGUCGCUCCCAGCUGCUGAUGCUGUUUGACAAAUUCCGCAGUGUGCUGGUGGUGACCAGCCAUGAGGACCCUGUGAUUUCAGUUUUUCAGUCUCUCUUAAAGUGACUCUACUGGCAAAGGAAGGGUACCUGCUACACUCUCCAUACUGAUAGUCUAAAAGAUGCCUAAAAACUAAAGGAGGGAGGUGAUUUCAA